GGUGGCGGGGGCUGCUCGGCCGUUGGAGGCGGAGGAGAGGCAAACGGCUGUUUUCUGAGGCGCCCCUCCCCCUCCCACCCGCUUUGCUCCCCUCAGCGGCCGCUCGGACAGGCGACGACGUGACGGGAACCGUUGCCGACCGAUGAGAUGUGCAGCAUUGUGUGAUCAUCUGAUAAUUCCUAGAAGAGGAAGAAUUUGCUGCAUGUGGAGGAAAUUUCCUGUUGUUUAAAAAAAACAAGUGCUUAAACCAUCUUCAGCAAUAUGGGGUCAGAAAAUCCAAGCCCGCAAAAUCCCAGCUGCAAAAUUAUGACGUUCCAUCCAACACUGGAAGAAUUCCAGGAUUUUGGGAAGUACAUUGCUUACAUUGAAUCGCAAGGAGCUCACCGGGCAGGGCUUGCUAAGGUGAUCCCUCCUAAGGAAUGGAAGCCCCGGAAGACUUACGAUGAUAUCGACAGCAUGGUGAUCCCUGCUCCCAUUCAGCAAGUGGUGACUGGCCAGUCUGGGCUUUUCACCCAGUACAAUAUUCAGAAGAAACCCAUGCUGGUUGGAGACUAUCGGCAUUUGGCUAAUAGUGAGAAGUACUGCACUCCGCGCCAUCAGGAUUUUGAUGAUCUGGAACGCAAAUACUGGAAGAAUUUGACUUUUGUCUCCCCUAUAUAUGGGGCGGAUAUCAGUGGUUCACUGUAUGAUUCGGAUGUGGAAGAGUGGAACAUUGGGAACCUGAACACUCUCCUUGACAUGGUGGAGCAUCAGUGUGGGAUUAUCAUAGAAGGCGUGAACACCCCUUACCUCUACUUUGGGAUGUGGAAGACCACGUUUGCGUGGCAUACGGAGGACAUGGAUCUCUACAGCAUCAACUACCUGCAUUUUGGAGAGCCCAAAUCAUGGUAUGCUAUACCUCCAGAACAUGGCAAGAGGCUGGAAAGACUGGCCAAAGGAUUUUUUCCUGGGAGCUCUCAGGGAUGCGAUGCCUUCCUGCGACACAAGAUGACCCUCAUUUCACCUUCCAUCUUGAAAAAAUACAGCAUCCCUUUUGACCGGAUCACCCAGGAAGCCGGUGAAUUCAUGAUUACUUUUCCUUAUGGCUACCACGCCGGGUUCAACCACGGAUUCAACUGUGCAGAAUCCACCAAUUUUGCCACCCUGCGAUGGAUCGAUUACGGCAAGAUGGCCACCCAGGUAAGUUCCUGUGGCUUGCAAAUUGGGGCUCGAUCUGAGCGCAUAGCCCCGAUCGUUGCUGUUCUCUUGUGUGAGAGUCGGCACCGCGGAACAAACUUUUCUUUUAUCUGGUUUCUUUCUUCACACCUGCAAAUUCUCAUUUCCAAAUCCGCUUCCGCUGGGAAACAGGCUUGGCAGUGGAGGCGAUAAUCAGGGAAUCCAGUUGACACGAGAGAAAGUGUUUCUCCCAGGGCUGGUUUCAAACUUGCAAAACGAUUGUUUGUUGGGUGUGUGGAUUGUGUUCACUGAGCAGAGAAGGUAACGUCAGGCUUGCGUUCCGAGCUGUAGAUUACAACUACAUCUAAGCAUUCCUCUUGUUAUUAAUGAAAAGGAGAGAGAGAAAUAAUGUUGUAUCUCUUUGAUAUUCUUAAAAUAGAUCUGGUGUUAGCUCAAGUCGCUUUCUCUUGCUACCUAAUAUUAAUUCAUGUUUUUUUCUUUCUUUAUUUCCUGGAGAUCAAACAGUCCACGUGAUUCUGUCUUUUUCUCUCCCUCCCCCUCCCACAUAAACACUUUGAAACAGACAAGAGAAAGAGGGAAAAUUCAAAUUUUGGGCAUCUCAACCUCUAUUUUAACACCCCAACCUCUACCUCAUACCGGCCGAAUCACGGCUACAGUUUUGAGAUAUGCAAAAUAUUUCAUAAUUGAACUGGAUUCAAAUAUUCUGUUUUUGGGCCCUGAAAGAAAUGCAAAACGGCCUGUUUCAGUCAUUUGGGGAGCCCAAGAUGGAAUCUGCGAUAGUUUAGAUUCAAAAUGCCGUGCACCCCAACAGUAGUCUAUUUUCUAAAAUGUAUUUCCAGAAGUCUAGAUAUUUAGUGUGCUGCCCGUGCUCUGGAAUGAAUUGGUAUGGCUUGUGGAACAUUGGGAAGAUAUAGGUCAUCCUAGACUUACGACGGGUUGCUUACAACUGUUCAAAGUUCCGACGGUCCUUUCCAAUCUGGAAAUCAAUCAAUCUCUCCCUCACCCUCACCCUUCCCCCCCCCCCCCCCCCCUCUCUCUCUCACACACAGCGCUCUCAUGCAACUCGCAUGUCAGCGGCUCAAUAACUGACUUGCAUUUACUGCCAUUUGCAGCUUCCCAGGGACAAAUGACCACAUUUCAUGAUGGUUUGGCCCAAACCCAACAUUUACUUUUGAUUUUUGGCAAAAAAAGCAGCCCAUAGCAAACCAGUAGUUUGCUUAAUAAUUGCAGGAUUCAUUUAAUGGCCACCGGGGGGGAAAAAAACCCUCCUAAAAUCAGGUCGAUCACGUGGGUGACCUGAUUUACAACCGUCACAGAUUAACAACCACAACGGGCGGGCUCCAUCGUGGUUAUAUGUUGAGGAUACUUUCAAGUAUCUUCCUCUACUAGCCUUUUAGCCUAAGAGGCUCGCAUCAAGAAAUGCCUCAUGUCAGAAUCAAGAGAAGUGAUUAUGCCUCUCUGUAGCAUGUUGAUUUGAGCACACCUAGACUGUCGCGCCAGGCUUUGUGCAUCGCAUUUUCAGGGGGAAAAAAACAUUGACAAACUGGAGAAUGUCCAGGCAAGAACAGCCCAAAAUGAUAAAGCACCUGGAAAGAAAGAAUGCUUUAGGGAAGCCCAAUUGAAGACGAUACAAGGCAUGACAGCUGUCUUCAAAUAUCUGAAAUAUCUGAAAUAUCGAAGGUGGAGCACAGCUACUCCGAGUCGUUCAGGAGACCGAGCAAGAAACGGUUGGCGUAAGCGAUAAGGAAAUAGCGUUUGGCUGGGGAAUUCUGGGAAUUGAAGUCCACGCAUCUUCGAAGUUGGCAAACUCUGCUCUCGGAGAACCGCUGGUGGAUGUGUGCGACUAAAUUGGCUUCCCCUGCAGACAGAUUUCCUGGGUUGGAAAUAAGCGCAGUUGUAGUCCUACACAACUAGGAAGUGUUUGGAACCACAAACAGAGGACUCGACCCAUAUACUAGGUUGCUGUAUAAUACACGACAGGUAGCCCUCCACGACAGGUAGCCCU